CGCCGCCAACCGCCACAGCAGCGCGGGACGACGACGACGACGAACGAACGAACAACAACAACCAACUCGACCAUGGCCGUUCCCUCAGCCCCCCGUCACCCGUACUGGCCCCGCGACCUCGUCAUCCCGGGCUACGUGGCGAACGACACCGCCACCAGCACGGUGCUGGCGUUUCUGUUCGUCACCUCAGGUGUCCUGGUGGCGGCGACAUGGCUGUACGCGGGGUCUUCGCGCCAUCGGCUCUCGUCGAUGCGACGCCUCGUCUGCUGCUGGUUCGCCGUGUGCGCCUUCAUCCACGGCGUGAUCGAGGGCUGGUUCUCGCUCUUCCACCGGGACAUCGCGGGGGACCAGGCGUUCCUCUCGCAGCUCUGGAAGGAAUAUUCAAAGGGAGACAGCAGAUACAUAACCUCGGAUAACUUCACCGUGUGCAUGGAGAGCAUCACGGCGCUGGCGUGGGGCCCGCUCAGCGCCUUCACCGUGAUGGCGUUCGUGCACAACCGGCCCGAGAGAUUUGUGCUGCAGCUCGUGGUGUCGCUCGGGCAGCUGUACGGCGACGUGCUGUACUUCUGCACGGAGUUUCGCAGCGGCUUCCAGCAUAGCGAGCCGGGCCACCCGCUCUACUUCUGGUUCUACUUCGUCUUCAUGAACGCGCUGUGGAUCGUGCUACCGCUCGUGCUCAUCGUGGACGCCUGGAGCCAGCUGUGCAGCGUGCAGACCCGCGCCGAUUUCGCCGGUCCCUCGGCUGGGGCUGGCGCCACCGGCAAACUCAAGCGCAAGUGACAGUGGGAGGAGGAGGUGGCAGCCAAAUGGUGAAUCCAGCAAAGAGGAGGAGGAGGGCGGGGGGUGAUGGAGGUGAUGGUGAAGGUAGUGCUGGUGGAGGAAGAGGGAGCGGUGUAAGAGGUGAUGGAGCAGGAAGAUUGAAUGAGAAAAUGGAGGUGAAUGGGGUAGAUGAGAUGGAGAUAAAGAUGGUAGGAGAGAUUCAAGAGAUGAUCGGUAACAGAUCCGGCAGAAUAUAAAGAGGUGGGAGAGAUAGUAUAAGAGGUGGGGGAAGGAAGAGGCUGGUGUAGGUGGCAGAUGAGAGGGGUUGGAGGGAGAUAGUUGAUCAUGAGGAGGUGAAUGAGAUGGUGAAUAAAAUUAACCCGUAAAAACAAAGUUUUUCACUAUAAAUCCUUUAUAUGCGUGGCGGCCAGAGUCCUCUCGUCCUCUGGCUUGAGAUGGCUGCCACCUAUGGGUCAGAUGAUUGCCUGCCACCAUUAAGCAAUUGGUAAUUAAAUAUCAUUUUUUUCCCCCUAAAAAGUGUAAAAUUUUGGAAACUUUUCUUUCAGGAAAAUUAAUUGUCACGCACAACGAGUCUGUGUGGAAAAUGUCAGCUCGAUCGGAUCACGGGAAGUGGGUUAAAAAACGACGAAAGAUUUGCACGGUCGUAAGCGCGCAAGCAAGCAAGCAAGUGAACUUAAUAUAAAGGAUUUAAAAAGGCGUUGGAAGAUAAAAGUAGUGGAUGGCGAGGUGAAGAAGGUAGCCCACAGCACCGCCUGCCCUCGGAUGAAGAGUGCUGCUGUUGCAUCUAAACGCUGCGAUGAAGUGGACGGUGGCCCAUAAUGGCCGGGGCCAUUGGCUCUGUGCCCUCGUCACUGCAGUCGUAGUUUUUAAAACUCAAGCCGGGUUUCUCUCUCAUGGUCUCCAUUCAGUGGCGUUGACAUGGCCAGAGCCACUGAAUGGAUACCACUAAGAUCCUGGGACCACAUCGUCGAGUUAUCCGAGCUUUCUUCCCCUUGUUCUCGCGAGGGAUUUGUCCAGGUACUGGCAUCGCCGCAGAUUACCCCGCGCAGCCGUAGCUGUGCUCGUUUUGAAUCGCAGUGUUAGUUUAGUCAGUGUGUUUUGUCUUUUUCGUCUCAGUCUGGUCAACAACAGUUUGUGGAAUUUGUCAAGUUUUAGUCUGGAUUUCCUGUGGUCAUUAAAAUACAAAAAUGCUGAAAUGAAAUGCACAGACUGACCUGACAUAAAUUCCGAGGGUUGUCCGACUGGACGAGACUAAAACGCUGACUAAUUUAACACUAAAACUUAAGUAUUUCUGGUGGAUUUAUAAUAGUUUUGUGGUGACCAGUGGGUAUGAAGUAAUUUUAACACUCGGGUUUUUUGUUGUUGUAAAAUGUACUAAAAUCAUGCUGCUCCUAAAUUUUUAUAUCGAAUCUGUGUGAUCGAAUAACGUUUGUAAUGUCUUAUUUGUAAGUCGCACUGCUGUGCGACGCACUGAUUUCAAAAGGGAUUAAAAAAACCCUUGGUGGAGAUCGUU